UCAGAUGACCCGAUAUCACAUGAUAAAAUACCCACGCACUUCAUGCAUGCCUUGUGUUUCUCCCUGCUUCAUGCAUUGUCAUGUGGGGUAAGUGACGAUUAGUGUGGUGAAGUUCUACUUCAAGCCCUGGGUGGUUGCGAGAAAAAUUUCUAUUUAUUACCGACCAAGGCUCCGGUUUUUCCAGUAAAGAUGAAGCUUGUUCUUUUAGCCGUCCUUCUUUGUGCAGCGGUCGUCAGGUGUUCAAGGAUUCCUCUGUACAAGAUGCGCCGUACUCGACGCAUUCUUUCUGAGAAUGAGCUGACAUGGAAGCCGUCAAAAUACUCUGCCUCUCCGAAUGGCACCGUCAGAAUUGUUGAUUACAUGGAUGCACAGUACUAUGGUCCGAUAACCAUCGGAACCCCUCCACAGAAAUUCAACGUUAUCUUCGACACAGGGAGUUCCAACUUGUGGGUCCCAGCCUCCAACUGUAGCUUGUUAGAUGUCGCUUGUGAUUUGCACAACAAGUAUGACUCGAGCAAAUCGUCCACCUACCAGCCUAAUGGCACAAGAUUUUCCAUUCAGUAUGGAACGGGCUCCUGCAGCGGGAUUCUGGAUAUCGACACUGUUCAGGUCGGUGGCGACAAGGCUUUGAAGCAGACCUUUGGUGCUGCCGACCACGAGCCAGGCAUCACGUUCAUCGUUGCCAAGUUUGAUGGCAUCCUGGGCAUGGGCUAUCCGCAGAUAUCCGUUGACGACGUGCAGCCAUUCUUUGACACGCUCAUGGCCCAGAAGUCAUUGGACAAGGACGUGUUCUCCUUCUACCUCGACAGGAAAGAGGGAGCUGCAGUUGGCGGUGAGCUUAUCUUGGGCUCCUCCGAUCCCAAGUAUUACACCGGCGAUUUCCACUAUGUUGAUGUCAGCAAACAGGGUUACUGGCAGUUUGCCAUGGAUGGCGUUCAGGUUGUCAAGGACGACAAACCCUUAUUGUCGCUCUGCAGCGGCGGUUGCCAGGCAAUCUGCGACACUGGAACCUCCCUCCUAGUUGGGCCCAAGGCUGAAGUGGAGAAAAUUCAGAUGGCGAUCGGGGCGGCACCUCUGUUUGAGGGCGAGUAUCUGGUGGAAUGCAGCAAGAUUCCGACCAUGCCCAACGUGACCUUCACCCUGAACGGGAAGGUGUUUGUGCUGACCCCCCAAGACUACGUGCUGAAGGAAUCGGAAGCGGGCGAGACCCUGUGCCUCAGUGGUUUCCUGGGAAUGGACAUCCCCAAGCCCAUAGGCCCUCUCUGGAUCCUGGGAGAUGUCUUCAUCGGCAAGUACUACACCGAGUUUGACCGGGUCAACAACCGCGUGGGCUUUGCCACAGCGAUCAAGGGAGUGGACAUCAAAGUCCACAACUAGACAGAGACGGGUGACAAACCACCCCUCCUCCAAACCUCAUCUCUCAGGCCAUUAACAGAUUUAUUUUGGUUCACCUUCCUCUGAUGUUAAUUGAGGAAUGCAGCAGAUUCAGCCAGAAAACAGGCCGCCUGGAAAGUUUUUUUUUCAUUUGUCUCUUGAUGUCAUUUCAACAUUAGCCCAUGACGACUUUUUUAGAAUACUUUUUAGGUAGUUUUAGUGGCAUAAAAAGCCGAGCGUUUUGUGAUGUGAAGGCUUGCUACUUUGUCAGUUAUGAAUUUCACUUCCGUCUUCGUCAGUAAUUGAUUGUUAAAGACGUGUAUAGGGAAGGAAUAUUUUAGGAAAACAUAUUGGCCAUUCCCGCGGGAACAGAAUUUUCUUAGGGGGUGCUGAGGUUGUAAAAUCAUAAAUACCCAGGGUUUUUCGGUGAAUCUCUGACAUUGGUGAGUUUGGUUAUGUUUGUGGCUUAACGUGAUCAAUGUUGGGGGCGCCAUUUUGUACACCACCACCCCGGUCCAAAAAAAUUAGCGGUGCUUCAGCGCCUAGAGUGCUCCCCAUCUCGGCCGGCUUGAUAUCGGCUGAUGUGAAAUAUUUCUUAGAUGGCCUGUGAUAAAACGGGCAAAUACAUGUGUCAGACGUAAAAUUAGUGCAAUCAGAUACAUAGAUCAUUUCAAGUUUUUGGAUAAUCAAGAGUCAAGUCAAUAGGCAGAAGUCUCACCAUCGGCCAAACAAGGGACUAGAAAAUACUGAAUAUCGCUGAAUGACAAAGGCGAUGCAUGUUGCUUGUACGUGUAGGCUUCUCUCUAUACUCCAGAUAUUUUUGACGACAUUUACGUUUUGCAUGAUCUUUGAGACUCUAUAUGCAAUUAUUUUUCUUAACCAAACUAUGAUACUAGUUUUCAGUUCCAUUACUUCUUAACCCUCAUAAUAACAUCCCUCAGUGUGUACUUACUUUUGGAUAGAGGAGAUAUUGUUGCAAAGUAGGCUGCUCGUGGACACAAAUGUUGAAUUCAUCAUUGGCUGGACUUUAUAUCCUCAAUUGUUACAUGUACUGGUUUGUAAAUUAAUUUUUGGGUUACAUAAUGCGAUGUCUGAAAUUUAUUGCAGCGGUUGUAAUAAUUUUUUUCUUCAAAGGCAGGAAAUUCAGUUUAGUCCUUAAUCGUAGUAUUUGAGGCAAUUCGUGAAGCAGUUUAAGAAUUUUUUAAAAUGACAUUUCAAAUGUUAAAAGUUUUCUUAGCAAGUGCUGUCAGUUGUAAUCGGGCAUUUAACCGCUUGGUAUUAUUUUAGAAAUGAUGAACUAAUUUUAUUUUUCUUCACUAAUUUGGCUUGAUAUAGAAGUGUUGAGAUGUUCAUGUAAUCGAUAGUUUUAGUCGAUCGGAAAACUUGGUGUUAGAAUGUAGGUGCAGUGCCAAAUUACAAACUGUAUCUUCGUCUAUGAGAAAGUUGAUCGAACAUUUUUGAUGUACCAUUUCAUGACCCACGUGUAGUUGGCAUUUUUCUUGUAACCUGUAAGUCAUUUAAACAUUUUUUAAGUGUUGUAAAAUGUCGCAAUGUUUCAAUGGAUCAGACUAUCCAAAGUUGAAAUUAUAAACUAGCUAGGGCAAUUCCCACAACCAGACAAAAAGAACUCGUAUAUAUAAGAUACUCUUAGGUCUUGCAAGAAAGAUUGAUCAAGAUACAGAAAAUUUUGCACGCCAGAGCUUUGUAGUUAAUACAAACACUAUAAACAGAGUAAUUUUCUAAGGGAACCAGGACUGUACCGUAAGUCUCGGCACGAAAUUAAGAAAAACGAAAUUGAAUUGAAAACAAA